GCUGUCGGAUGAAUUUGGUCAGUCAGUCGGCGAGUGACCUUUUUGCAUAGCGCAUUUGAAAUCUCUCCGGAUGGUGUUGCAGCCUCUCGUGUUUGAUAGAAAAUGCACCUGAUCUAGCGCCACGCUAAACAUGCAGUCUGAUUAUUCGACCAUUGUGCAAUAUAUUUGACCUGUUCCAAGCGGGGGAUUGGUGUGCGAAUAAAUUUCCAAGAUAUAGUGAAGAAGUGCAAUGGGGUUGUGCAUUUGAGUUGUGCUCUUGCACUGUUCUGUGUAUCGCCGUUGGGGAGCAGCCGUAAACCAUGCAACAAUGCACGAAUUCUGACACGGAGCUGUGGAAAAAUCGCUCAACCAUGCGUUACGAGGAUUUUACAGCGGAAACCGGUGCAAAUCAAUGCUCUUAUAUGGACAUUGACGCGAUCUACUUUCAACUCUUGCUUCUGCUGAAACAAGUUGAAUCGAAAAAGCGUACAAAACAUUUGCUAACUUCUAACAAAUAUUUUAAAGGCAUAACCAAAGGGAUGAUGCCGAAUUUCUACGACAGCUCACGCCCGACAAUGGUGCCCACUAGCUCGGCUGUUCUUGGGGCACCCACCCAAGGUGGCAAUGAACAGCUACUUAAGAAGCCCCCAAUUAGUCAGUUUGACCUGGAAGCAACCCUGCAGGCAGUGGAUAACGAGGUACUGGAAGGCGAGGAAGGAAGCUGUCCAUUGUGCAAUAAAACUUUCAGUAGGAAAACUUCACUGCUUAACCAUAUUCGCAACCACACGGCAGAGAAGAAGUAUGUUUGCGAAUUUUGCCAGAAAGGUUUUUCUCAGCAAGCAAAUCUUCGAAAUCACAUUCGUAUUCAUACCAAUGAGCGGCCGUACGUGUGCAUUGAUUGUGGAAAAGCAUUUACUCAAAUAACCAAUUUGAACAAUCAUCGACGCUUGCACACCGGAGAGCGACCAUUCGUCUGCAUUGAGGCCAACUGUGGACGAUCAUUUGCCCAGGUGACAAAUCUCAACAACCACAUGAAGACACACCACAAAACGCAACAGUACGUAUGCAAUCAGUGCCCCAGGAGGUUCUACCAGGCAACCCAGUUGAACCUGCACCUAAUCUCGGAGCACAGUAGCACAAAAACGUUUUUCUGUCCCCAGUGCCCCGACAAGCACUUCAAAUCUCAGUCGCUCUUCCAGCACCAUCUCAAAAUUCAUGGCUCCAAUUUCGGGUUCCCUUGUCCCAAGUGUGACGAGAGAUUCAUCCAAGAGUCUCAUCUGAUACUGCACAUGACCCAUCAGCACGGAGAUUUCGCGUGUAACAUGUGCCCGAUGACAUUCAAGGAUGAGGUUCUGCUGAAAAAGCACGUCCAGAGGCACCUGGACGGAAGAUUGCUGACUUGUCCGGUACUCGGCUGCAACGAAGGUUUCACCAUGAAGAACCAUCUAACUAAGCACAUGCAGAUGCGCCACCCGGCGAUAGACAUCAAGAAGGGAAGCACACCUGCCGCCAUUGCCGCCUCUAAGCCACCGAAGCAUUGCUGCCAUUAUUUCAACUGUAACGAGUCGUUCGAUACCUCGGAUGGGCUCAGCAAUCAUCUGCGGGUGGUUCACGGCUUACCGAUUCUGCUGCCGGAUGAAAAGAAGCAACUGUUAUCUCCGCCGCCCCCGGCACAACAACCUCAAUCUACAACCCAACCUCAGCAACAACAACAACAGCAGCAGCAGCAACAACAACUUCCCCCACCACCUCAUCAACAUCCGGGAGUUGGCAACGGACAAGCCGAAAUCAGCGGCCCGAUGUACCCGCCGGCGGCUCUAUUAGGGGCCAGCUUCCAGUCCUACCAGCAACAAAUCAACGAAGCUCACCAGCUGGCACUGGCCAGCUCGAUUGCUUUGAAUGAAAAGCACAAACUUGGUUCGGACACAGAAAUGGUCCACGCUAGGGAUGAAAUGUCACACCACCAGCAGCAACAGCAUCAGCAACAACACCCUCACCUGAAUGGGAAAAUUGAUGUUGGACAGAAUAUAGAAGACCGAGUUAACAACCUGAGCCGGAUCAAGUCCGAGCUGCAGAACAACAUUCAGAUGAAUCUGUUCGGCCUGACCAACCAGAUGGGCAUCGGUGCGCCGCUCAAACUGGUGUGCAGCUACUGUUACAACGUGUACAAGACGCCUCAGACCCUGUCCAGGCAUAUAGAGAAGUUUCACAGUUAAAUUCUCUUUCCGUUUUUUGCCAUUGUCUAUGUAAAUUGCGCAUUUGUUUUUUUUAAGCUUCCGAUCGCAAUAUGUUGGUUGGUGAUAUACAUAUGUAACUAGAUGGAGAUUAUUCGAAGUAUGAAAAUUUGUCACAGAAAAAUACUUGUCAGUUUUAUAGCGAGAAAUUAAAUUGAGAAACAUGUUAAGGCCAGAAUUUGUUUUCAAAGCCGUUGCUACAAAAUUUGAUAGAAGGGAAAAAGUUCAUAACAUCAGAAUUUCGCUAGUCGUUUUAGAACCUGCAAGUUAUCUUUUACGCUACCACCUAAAAGGCAGGGACGAAAAUUACAUUACUUAUUAGUAGGUACCUUAGAAAUUUAUUGGAUUAAAGAUCUGGAAUCAUAUUUAUUUAACAACCCAAUCGAAUCAUUACCGAUACUGAUGACAGCUCGUCGAUCAACACGUUGCGAUCGGUUGCCAACAAUCGGAAAUUUAACGAUUAGCAAAAACUUAAACUUAAAGUACAAAUCGCAUCUCACACACAAAAGCACAACCCGUCAUGCCGAAAUGAAUCGCGCUCGGCCGACCGGUUGUCCUUUUGUCACGGUUAUUGAAAGUUUUAAAUACAAUGUAACGCAAAUUCAAGAAAAAUGUUCUUACAAAAUGUCACGUGCAAAACAUCGAUUACUUAGGCGCAUUAGCGAUUAGGACGGACUUUCAUCUGGUGGGUAGCAGUGGUUUUUUUAUUCGAUGUAGAUGAAUGGCAAAAGAAGAAAUCUAUGCUUAAUCAGAACGCCCUAUUUAGCGAUAGAUGACUUAAACAUAGGUUAUUCAAUGUUUAUGCAAUAGUAUUUUCUUGAUGAUAAAUUACCACAAAUUCGCGAUCGCGACAUUUGUUCAACUGUGAAAGAAAAUUUAUCAAUCGAUGAAAUAUAAAAAUAUUAUUAUACAUACGCGAAGGUAAGAAAAACGAUGUUUAGAAAAGUGCGAAUGAUUGACCUUAUGUGGAUCAAAGCGCAAACAUGUCUAAUGUUUUUUGGGAUAGAAUUUAUGAAAAAUUAUUUUUGUAUUUAAGAAACUGUACGUUGUUCUAUUAAGGCUAUAUUGUGGAUCAAAAAAUAAAACAAAAAUCUGUCUAGUCAAAAACAAAAAGGAGAGU